CGUACCCAUAUAUAAAAUAUGAAAAAGAGCCCACAGUCUUAGUUACUGCGAGGGUUUUCGUUUUCGUUCAGCAGAAGCACCGAAGCCGCAAGUACGACCAUUGUGCUCUUCCUCGCUGCCUCGCAAUCAUGUCAAGGAGAAAGGUUAGAGAGCCAAAGGAAGAAACUGUCACUCUUGGCCCAACUGUCAGAGAUGGGGAACAUGUUUUUGGCGUGGCCCAUAUCUAUGCAUCAUUUAACGAUACCUUCAUUCACGUGACUGAUUUGUCUGGAAGGGAAACCCUUGUUCGUAUAACAGGUGGAAUGAAGGUGAAGGCUGACAGGGAUGAGUCUUCCCCUUACGCUGCUAUGCUUGCAGCACAGGAUGUAUCUGCUAGAUGCAAGGAGCUGGGUAUAACUGCUCUUCAUAUCAAGCUCCGUGCCACUGGUGGAAACAAGACAAAGACCCCAGGACCUGGUGCUCAGUCUGCUCUCCGUGCCCUUGCUCGUUCAGGAAUGAAAAUUGGUCGAAUAGAGGAUGUGACUCCGAUCCCAUCUGACAGCACCAGGAGAAAGGGUGGUAGAAGGGGAAGAAGGCUUUAAGCUUGCAAUCGUGUGUGUGUUGGGAGUUGCAUUUGUUGUGGCUUUUCUCUUUGCCCUCUGCCAGGACAAAUAUAUUGUGGCAUGUUUUGACAUUUAACUCAAGUCGGAUGUCAAUUUUGGAACUCUAAUUUUAUUUCUUGACUCUUCAGUUUA